UGUACACCAUGAAUAAACUAGGGGUCUUAUCUAGCCUACAUAGUGCACUAGCAUAAUAGUAAAAUGCAUUGUUUGAAAUACGGCCACUAUAAACAGGAGUAGAGAAGUUUAUGAGGUUCUGUAUUUUUGUGUCAUUUUAUCGCUAAAAUAAUGUGAUGAUUAUUUGUUGUCAGUGAAAGAUUUGAUAAUAAACAGGACCGUGAUCAGACCACAAAUGGCUCCUUUAGGCAUCCUUCCUCUUCAGCGCAUGACAACUUUUAGUAAAUGUUCCUCCCAAAUCCUCCAAAGGACCAGACCAGAGGUGCGACGUGGUUCUGUUUGCGUCCUGUCCCACUGGAGAAGCGUCUCUGCGAAGCAGGCUUUAAGCCACCACGUGCAGGAUUUAACAGACAGAGAGAGGACUGUACUCGACCGGCUCUACGAUGGCCUGGUCAGGGGUCAGAGGUCAUCACUGGCAGAGUGUAUAACGUUGGUGGAGACGCAGCAUCCGCGGAAAAAGGAACUGGCCCAGGUGCUGCUGCAGAGGGUUCUGGCAUUUCGGCAGGAGCGAGAAAGGAUCAGAAGGGAGAAACCGCUGGCGUUCAGAGUGGGUCUGUCCGGUCCCCCUGGUGCUGGGAAAUCCUCCUUCAUAGAGGUGCUGGGCAAAAUGCUGACUGGACGAGGCCACAAAGUCUCAGUGCUGGCGGUGGAUCCAUCUUCCUGCACUACAGGAGGAUCUUUGAUGGGGGAUAAAACACGAAUGACAGAACUCUCACGAGACAUGAAUGCCUUUAUCCGCCCCUCCCCAUCCUCAGGUACACUCGGUGGAGUGACGAGAACCACCAAUGAAGCCAUCGUCCUGUGUGAGGGUGCGGGAUAUGACACCGUCCUAGUGGAGACAGUGGGUGUUGGACAGUCUGAAUUUGCUGUGGCUGAUAUGGUGGAUCUUUUUGUUUUGCUGAUUCCACCAGCAGGGGGCGACGAGCUGCAGGGAAUCAAGAGAGGGAUUAUUGAGAAGGCCGACCUGGUGGUGGUGACAAAGUCAGACGGUGAUUUGGUGGCUCCAGCUCGUAGAAUUCAGGCGGAGUACAUAAGCGCUUUAAAACUGCUGAGAAACAAAUCCAAAACCUGGAAACCUAAGGUGGUGCGGGUUUCCUCUCAGACGGGGCAGGGUGUUCCUGAGCUGUGGGACGUCAUGCUGCAGUUUCGGGAUGCCAUGUUAUCCAGCGGUGAGCUGCAGUUCCGCAGAUCUGAGCAGCAGAAGGUCUGGCUUUGGAAUCUGAUCCAGGAAAACGCACUUCGCCAUUUUCAGGAACAUCCGGCAGUGCGGGAGACGCUGCCCGAAAUGGAACGGCAGGUGAUGCAGGGUGAUGUCUCGCCCGGACUGGCAGCAGAUCUGCUUCUCAGAGCUUUCAGGAACACCCAGUAACACAAGGUCCACAAGUUCAUGCAAACAUCUGUCUGAGGAACUGGGAAAUGUGGAAUUAUGCUGCUCAUUUUUAAAGGUUUUGGACAAUAGGCCUUUGUCAGGACUAACAACAGUUAUUUGUGGAACACAGAAAAUCUGUAAUAUAAAUGGUAAAUAUUUUAGUAUUUUGUGUGCUUGGGUAUUGGUAUUGGUGCAGGUCUGCAAUCUUCUGCACUGUUAAAGAAAUUCUCUUAUAUGUCUGAUGCAGAAAAUGUGAAGUGCUAAAACUAAAGAAUGUGCAUUAAAACGGUUCUAAAAUUUAAUAAGGUCAUAAUCUGCACGAGUUUUAAUGCCAUGUUAUCCAGCGGUGAGCUGCAGUUUCGCAGAUCUGAGCAGCAGAAGGUCUGGCUUUGGAAUCGGAUCCAGGAAAACGCACUUCGGCAUUUUCAGGAAUAUCGGGCAGUUUGGGAGACGCUGCCCGAAAUGGAACGGCAGGUGAUGCAGGGUGAUGUCUCGCCCGGACUGGCAGCAGAUCUGGUUCUCAGAGCUUUCAGGAACACCCAGUAACACAAGGUCCACAAGUUCAUGCAAACAUCUGUCUGAGAAACUGGGAAUCAUUCUGCUAUAUGGAAAAGUUUAAUGUUUUGGACUGACAGUAGGCCCUUUUCAGGGCUAACAACCGUUAUUUGGGGCAUACAGAAAAUCUAUAAUAUAAAUGUUAAAUAUUUUAAUUUUUUGUGUGACUGGGUAUUGGUGCAGGUCUGCAAUUUUCUGCACUGUUGAAGGAAUUCUCUUCUCUUAUACAUCUGAUGCAGAAAAUGUGAAGUGCUACAACUGAAGAACGUGCAUUAAAACGGUACUAAAAUUUAAUGAGGUCAUAAUCCGCACAAGUUUUAAAGCCCUCUUGGAGGAACAUUCAUAGUUUACAUUUACAUUUUCGGCAUUUAGCAGACGCCUUUAUCCAAAGCGACUUACAAUAUACAGUCUUUAAGGACCUUGCUCAAGGACCCAACAGCAGUAACCUGGCAGUGGUGAGGCUUGAACCAACAACUUCAAACCAUGUGCAUUUCAACUCUGAAUAGCUGAAUAACUAAAUGGCAUAGACAUUCCGGUGACACAGGGGUCUACUACACUAGCCCACGACCGCUGAGAUCCGGGUUCGAAUGUAAGCAGGUGCUAUUUGCCAGCCGGGUACCUACACAGACAGGAUUGGCUCUGUGCGAGAAAUGAAGACAGGCUGUCCUGGGUGUUUUCCUGCCUUGUAUGCGUGUUUUCGGGAGAAACCAGCCCACCGUGACCCUGGCGGUGGUAGGUGGUAGAAAAUUAAAAAUGACUGAAUAGCAAAUAUAAUCAAAGUUAAAUUUAAACACUGAUGGUUAAAUGAAAUGUUUUAUUUAUUUCAGUGAAAAUAAGGUAAGAAUUCCACUGUGUAAAAGAAGUUUCAUGCUUAAUUACUGUUUAUUUGCUUAAUUAAACAUAUUGGAAGAAA